GACCCGACCCGACCCCGUCCGACCCGAUCCAGAACCGACCCGGUUUGUUUUUUAUCUCCUUAAAUCAAACCGAUCUCUCCCCAUUCUGUUCGAUCGUUUGAAUCGGUCUCUCAUCCGUUCCGUCGUUCACGGUGCUAUCCCUAUUUCUUCGAGAUUGAUUGAGUCCGCCAUGGGUGUUGAUAAGGAGGAUGUCGCCGGCGGUCCGACCACCUAAAUGCCACCCACCUCCGCCGCCACCGCCGCUGCCGCCGCCCAGCCCGAAAAUCCUCAACUUCCCCCUCAGCCGCAGAACCCGCCGCGCCAAAAUCACCGCCGCCCGAACGCAGCAGAAGUGCCGCCUCUCUGAAAAACUCCAUAACCUGUUUGAUCAAGAACAUCACAAUAAACACCCCACCGCCGAAUACGACGGCGACGGCAGCGGCGCCGCCGGAUUGGAGGAGGAGGAGGAGGAGCAGUGGAGGUUCCAGGCGGAGAUGCUGAGGGCAGAAUGCAAUCUGCUGAGAAUGGAAAAGCAAUUAGCUUUCAACAAAAUUGAAAACAACAGAGCUGAGAUCGAAGCCAUUUUAAGAUCAUCUCUUCAAUCACUAAUCUCUGGAAGGAAGAAGAUAUGCCGAGGAGCGAAUGCCGGCGCGGUGCUGGAGGAAGAGAUCGACGGUCUAGCCAGAAAGUUAGAGGAACUGAAUUCCGGCGGUGGUUCGACUAGCCGGAGCCACCAGCUCCCAAACUGCAGUAAUUUCGACACAAAGGCUAACCUUCUUCGUCGACACUUGGACGAGCAACGACGAAUGUUCGAGGCCGAGAAUGAGUCCGAGGAUUGGAUCGGAAAUCCGUCAAAUUCGACUUUGAAGCGAACGAUCGACGAGGCCCCGGAGAUCAAGUGCACGGGUCGAUGCAAGAGCCUCGUUCGCCGGCUGGUCGAGCAGGUGAGAGCCGAGACCGAGCAGUGGUCGCAAAUGCAGGAAAUGCUGAGGCAGGUGCGCGACGAGAUGGUGCAGCUGCAGGCGUCUCGGGAUUUCUGGGAAAAUCGAGCUCGAUCGCUUAGGCACACGUUGGACGAAUCGGAGAAGAAGAUGCUCGCCUACGAGGCCAAGGUUAGCGAGUUGCAGCGCGAGCUAUUCGCCAUCAAAUGGGAGAUACGGGAGUCGACCGCAGAUCCAAACCCGGUCCCUCUAGCGAAGCAGCUCGAAAACGAAAAACAUGAGUCGAGUCAUCGAAUGAAGAAGAAAAGUGACGAGAACUACAAUAAGUUCGGGGAUGCCGUCGAAGAACACAAAGAAAGAACACUCGAUAAAGAUCGAGCUCCCAUCUCUUUAGGCAAACAUCUAGCGAAGGAGAAGAAAAUGUUCCUUCAUCGACUGAAGGAAAAUCGUAGCGCAAAAGCUAAACAAUGCUCAAGCCGGGUUAUUGGAGAAGUUUCGCCAUUGCGGGACAUUGGGAAUUCGUCGUCAUGCUUGGCGAGACACAGUAGUCGAGCAGCUGCCGGAGUUCUUUCGAGUCCUCCUGAGACAUUCAGAACAAGAGAAAGCUUUAGGAAGUGAUUAAAAACGGUAUCUUUAGUAAAAAAAUCGUAAAAUCGCGCUAUCUGUUCGACAUUGUUCCUUUCUUUCUUUACAAUCCCAGUUUUGUCGAAACUAGGAAUAAUGAGAUUGUUUUCGAAUUGCUUCGAAUAUCAGACAAACUUGUAAGGAUCU